AUGACUGCGACGGCCGGCUCUACUUUUGCUCACGACCCUUGCGCCAGCGACGCCUACGUCUCCGAUGCACCCCUAUACUCCUCGAACAGCCCCCAGAUGACAGCUCUCCGUCCAAACCUGCAGCCGUCGCCUUCUCCGCCACCCCCUGUACCGCUCCCCAGAGUCAGUCACAGUCCUCCUCCUAGUCCUGGCCGCAGGUCUUCUAACAGGAAGAAAAAGGUGUCACCAACCCAGGGAGAUGCCGUGCUGAUACAUUAUCUCGACGGAGGAAAACGGCCUGACAUUGCUUUCAAGGCUGGAGAGGAGCCGCUGGCGGGGUGGGUGGACGACGACGACGACUGCGAGGAAGAAGAAGGCGAAGAGGACGACGACAGCGCACUUAGCUCCAAGUCGGGGUAUGUAGGCAGCGACAAGAUGUCUCCCGACCCGCGGGUGAACCAUGCCGGCGCCGACCUCAAUUUCAUUGCCGCCGGGGCCGUCGCCGCGGCCAGGGCCGCCCUCGCCCUCCAACCACCGAACGCAGAAACAUCGCCGUCAGCGUCGGAAAAUGCGCGCGAUGUUGCGGCAGAACAGGAGGCGGGUUCAGAGGAUGGGGCGGGUCAUCCGCAACCGCGGGGGCAGCAACACGAACGCCAACAAGAAUCGCAGCCCCCUCCACCUCAACCGCCGCCGAAUAUACAGCAUACACAAUUACAACCUCUCCAACCUCGCGAACGAGACACGGCGCCGAAACCCGGGCUCGCCAUGCCUACCAUGCCUAUAACACCGUAUACGCCGCAUGGCCCGCCAGACUUCUACUCUCCGCGGUUACCGUCAGCUAGUGGGUUGCGGCAUCCCGAUAUCAUGUCUCCCGGCAUUCCAACUCCCAGUAGCCAUACAAACGGAGAGCUUCCUCCUAUUAUGGCCUCUCCCAAGUCCGAGGCCCAAGGGCCCUCACCUCUACCGCCCUCGCUACCCUCCAUAAGGGACCAGUUCAGGGAUCUCACAGAACAACAUUUUCCAGAGAAGGAUGCAAAUUGGCACCGUCCAUCGCUUCCUCACUCACCACCAGGAGCAGGGAUGCCACGGAUGUCAAUUAUCCCUGCAGGCUCACCACCAAUCUCGCCGAAUAAUUCUUAUGGCCACCCAUCUCCAGCUUAUUCCAUAUUCAGUCCGCACGGCUACUACACGAAUGGUUCCGGCCCCCCGCGACCUAGCCUUGACUAUAGUAGUGCUGCGAGCAGUCAUGCGGAAACACCAGGCACUGACCCCUUAUCAACACCUGCCACUUCGAUAACGGACCGCAUGAGCAUCGAUAACAUGACGAAUCCUCAACAAGGCACCUUCAUCUGCAAGUUCUCUGGGUGUAAUGCUGCGCCCUUCCAAACGCAGUAUCUUCUCAACUCUCACGCCAAUGUUCAUUCCUCAGCGCGGCCUCAUUACUGUCCUGUGAAGGGCUGCCCCCGCGCUGAAGGCGGCAAGGGUUUCAAGCGCAAGAACGAGAUGAUAAGGCACGGUCUUGUGCACGAGUCACCAGGCUACGUGUGUCCGUUCUGUCCGGAUCGUGAGCAUAAAUAUCCUAGGCCGGACAACUUGCAAAGACAUGUGAGGGUCCACCAUGUUGAUAAGGACAAAGAUGACCCUGCCCUCCGGGAUGUCCUCUCUCAGAGGCCCGAUGGGCCGAAUCGAGGGCGCAGGCGGCGAGGAGUACCUUGA